AUGGCCCCACCUACAGCAGCACAGUUGAUAAAGUCACAAGUGCAGCAAAUCAGAGACUGGCGCAUGAAGUAUGGCCAAAGUGUCCCACAGAAUACCGUGCGGAACAUGAGUACUAAAGACAAUCCGGGUACUCUGCCGAUAAAUGUCUAUGCCCAGACACAGCCAGCUAGCGAACCUUUGGAUUUCUCGAAAAUUACAGAAAAUGGUACCCCGCAAACAGACACACACCAUGUCAACACGCACAACCUUUUCCGUUCCACAGGAGACGUUGUUUUUCUUGCCUCGUACGCCAAGUCCGGGCGGAUGAUGAUCUACCAACUACAAGAAAACGUUAGUGUUUAAACAAAGAAAACAAGAGCCACCAUUUUUGAAGGUUACCCUUUCAAUCCACUUAUAUUUACAGAAGGAGUUGUCAAGGUCAAUAUAUGCGAAAGAAAUAUCUAGUUCUCUGGUGGAAACCGUUUGCAGGAGAUAGCAACUUUGAACUGACAGAGAAUGAGUUUCUAAGAUAUCAGUCAAGAAUGAUUGAAUGUGUUGAUGCGGUGACGAUUGAAGAGGCGAAAAAAAUUAGAGAGCGCCAGGAUAUCGGCCAAGACAGCUAG